AUGUAUGGCUCAUCGACUGUAGAGCUGGCCGUGGUGGCCGCCGUCACAGCAACACCGCCUUCCGGAGGUGUGAAUUGGAGAUUUCUCAGUCUGGCCGUCCUGCCCGUCUGGACUCUGCUGGCCAAUGGCUCUGUGUUGGUCUGUUUCUAUCAGGACCGCAGUCUUCGACAAAAUCUGACCAAUUUCAUCAUUGCCAGCAUGGCUUUAGCCGACUUUCUGCUGGCCAUCGCGGUGCUCCCGCUGGCGGUCUACCUCAAGGUAACUGACAUUUUCACACUAUGA